AGGGAAACCCCAUUGAACCAAAAACUGGUUUCCAAUUCAGUUACUGCAUUUUUACGCAUUCCACAAGAUAGUGAUCGAGCCAAAGAGAACUUCCUUUGCCUCGCUUCCCCUACUAUUCGUAUUCGCUCCCUCUCAUUUUUGCGACUCUCCAGGGGGCUAUUUUCUGCAUCAUCCAUAUUUCUGUUAUUUUUUCCUUCGAGUAAAGAAUUGUUUGAAGAGCCAUGCAAAAGGAUAAUAGUACCAGUACUCUGUCAACUCCUCGUAGUCGACAUCGUAGACGCUCAAAUGAGGUUAUUCCAGAGGAUAGCAAAGCAAAUGGAGGCCAUUUACUUGCUGAUGAUCGUAAUAAAUACAGGUCAAUGUGGAUCCGUGCAUAUUCAUCUCUUUGGAUGAUUGGGGGCUUUGUAUUUAUUAUCUACAUGGGUCAUCUUUAUAUUAUGGCUAUGGUGGUGGUUAUCCAAAUCUUUAUGGCUAGAGAGCUGUUCAAUCUACUCAGGAAAGCUCAUGAAGAUAAACAUCUCCCAGGAUUUAGGCUAUUAAAUUGGCACUUUUUCUUCACUGCAAUGUUAUUUGUAUAUGGUCGCCUUUUCAGUCAACGGCUGGUCAAUACUAUAACGGCAGACAGAUUUUUUGAUCGAUUUGUGAACAGCCUUUUCAAGUAUCACAUGGCUAUCUGUUAUUUCUUGUACAUUGCAGGUUUUAUGUGGUUCAUUCUUACAUUAAAGAAGAAGAUGUACAAGUAUCAGUUUGGCCAGUAUGCAUGGACGCACAUGAUUCUAAUUGUCGUGUUUGCGCAGUCUUCCUUCACCGUUGCCAAUAUUUUUGAAGGAAUUUUCUGGUUUCUUCUUCCAGCAACUCUUAUAGCCAUCAAUGACAUUGCUGCUUAUGUCUUCGGCUUCUUUUUUGGAAGAACCCCUUUAAUCAAGUUAUCUCCAAAGAAAACUUGGGAGGGAUUCAUCGGAGCAUCUGUUACAACUAUCAUCUCUGCAUUUGUGCUUGCAAAGGUCAUGGGUCGUUUUCCGUGGCUAACAUGUCCGAGGAAGGAUUUAUCAACUGGUUGGCUUUACUGUGAUCCUGGUCCUUUGUUUAAGCCUGAGCAUUUCUCUUUACUUGGAUGGGUUCCUCAAUCGUUUCCUUGGAAAGAGGUCUCAAUUUUGCCAGUUCAAUGGCAUGCUCUAUGUCUUGGCUUGUUUGCAUCUAUAAUAGCACCUUUUGGAGGCUUCUUCGCUAGUGGUUUCAAAAGAGCUUUCAAAAUCAAGGAUUUUGGUGAUAGUAUUCCUGGACAUGGUGGAAUUACAGAUAGAAUGGACUGCCAGAUGGUGAUUGCUGUAUUUGCUUACAUCUACCAUCAGUCAUUUGUCGUGCAACAAGGCUUAUCGGUUGAGACGGUCUUGAACCAGAUAUUGACGAACCUUACUUUCGAGGAGCAGCAAGCUCUGUACAUAAAGUUUGGGGAGAUCUUGCAGGAGAGGCUGGCGGGAUAGACUUAGACAUGUAGAAACCCUGUAUCGUUUGAUAAAUCUUAUUUCUCGCCCAGCAUGGUUUAUGCAUGGCGGCCCACGACGAAAAGAUAAACAAGAUAAUGUUUGUAUAUGGUGUGGGUGUUCUAACCCUCAAACCCCCAUUUACUAACCCUCUUGAGUAAUUCUUCAGUUAGCACGCUUUGUAUAGUAUAUUUAGCUAUUUAAUAUCAAUGAACUCUCUCUCUCUCUCUCU